AAGCGUGGGCUGCCGGCCGGGAUCGCGGCGGCUGCGGGGCCCUGAGGAACAGAGGGACCGGGUUGCUCUCGUGGCCGAAGUCGCGGUGGUGGCCUCGAGGUGUGCGCAGAUUCCCGUGAUUCUUGUGUUUCGUCUGUGCGGGCCUCUGUGGCAAGGAUGGCCCUGGAUACGCGCGAAUAACCAUCACCUCACCUCACCCGGAGAAUAGUCACCGGUGCAGUGGUCUGGAACAGUCAAAUUGUACCUAUUUAAAAACGAAUAGUUUUAGAUCGUGAAGAUAUCUUAGAAAUCACCCCUGCAAGUCCAGCUGCUUCCUCUUACGGCAAAGAACACGCUAAAAUUGCGUGCGGAGCUGGUCGCAGAGCCUUGGCCUCCGGUCUCAAGCCCGAGCUUGUCUCUGCAUCCCGGAAGAAGAAAUUGUCUAAGCGAAUAUGAGGUCAAAUAGAAUGUCAGUGUUGGUUAUUACAAGGCAAGGAAGUAGGGGUAAACCAUUGCUGCCUUUCACUUGAGACAGCCUGUGUGUUACUAUUGGGAACACCUAAUUUUUCUCAUAUUCAUGAUGUCGGAAGGGAAAUCUCCUGACAAAAAAAGGCCUCGGAGAAGUUUACUAAUCAGCAAGACUAAAAGAAAAACAUCCAAAUCUAUAAUUUCAUAUUUUAGCAAUGCACCACCUGCUAAACUUGCUUGCCCCAUUUGUAGUAAAAUGGUUCCAAGAUACGACUUAAACCAGCACCUUGAUGAAAUGUGUGCUAACUACAAUGAGGUUGGUCAAGGUGAUCCAGUGCAGGUUCCCUUAAUGAAUUUAAAUACAUCCACUGUAGAUUUAACCAGUACUGUCUUAGACGAUGUAACACCAAAGAAGUCAUCACCACGGAAGACACAUUUAACUCCUGGCCAAAACGAGUCAACAAAAAUGGGCAUAAAACAGCAGACCAGUCCCUACUUUAAAAGUACUGUUGGUUUGUUGUGCAAGAAUCAAGAUGAGGUGAAAGAUAAUACUGUGAAAGUCAUUUCUUUGGGAAGCCUGUCAUCUAAAUUGUCCAGAAAAUACACAAAGGCAAAAAAAUCAUUAGAUAAGAAUGAGGAAUUUGUCAGUCUUAGUCCACAGAGUUACAAAUCCACAGUUGUUAGGAGCCUGAUUGAUAACUGCUCAGAAAUUGAGGACAUGGUUCAAAUUUUGGAAAAUAAUUCUCAAAAGGAAAACAUGUUUACAUGUGAUUCUCCAAAGGAAGAGAGUAUUCCUGAACACAUAGUAAGCAGUAAAAUGGAAGCUGAAAGCCAAAAGGUUACCCAGGAAUGUGGGAAAUUAGCCCUCACCCCUGGCUUCUUAGAUAAUGCUUCCAUCUUAUUUUCACCAGAUUUAACUCUUGGGAAUAAAUUAAAGUGUACUUCAGAAGACAGCCUUAUAAAGCAAGAGAGUAUCCCAGGUGUGGAUGGCAAAAGCGUUGAAAAAUGUGAGGCAUGUAAUUGUGAACAAGUAAAAAUGACUAUUGGUUGGGAAGCUAAAACACAGUCAUUACAUUCGGAAGUGGAUUCUCAUACUUCUACAAAUGAUGCAUCUAACUGGAGUAAUGUUGAACAGCUUCCUCUGAAAGGUGACAAUGACAGUGUUCCUUUGUUGCAAGAGUCAAGCUGUGAUGAUCCUGGUCAUCCAUACUACCUUCGGAGUUUCCUUAUGGUGCUGAAAGCUGUACUUGAGAAUGAAGAUGAUAGAAUGCUCUUUGAUGAACAGGAGAAGGGAAUUGUAACUAAAUUUUAUCAACUGUCAGCUAGUGGUCAGAAGUUAUAUGUAAGGCUCUUUCAACGUAAAUUAAGCUGGAUUAAGAUGAAUAAAAUCGACUAUAAAGAGAUUGCCCCAGACUUAACACCUGUGAUUGAAGAAUUGCAGCAUGCAGGCUUUCUACAGACAGAAUCUGAGUUGCAAGAACUCUCUGAAGUGCUCGAUCUCCUUUCUGCUCCUGAACUCAAAUCCCUGGCCAAGACCUUCCACUUGCUGAAUCCCAGUGGACAGAAGCAGCAGCUUGUGGACACCUUUCUCAGGCUGGCCAAACAGCGUUCAGUCUGCACAUGGGGCAAGAAUCAGCCUGGAAUCGGUGCCGUGAUUUUAAAAAGAGCUAAACACUUGGCUGGCCGGUCUCUGAGGAUUUGUAAAGGCCCCAGGGCUGUGUUUUCCCGGAUCUUGCUGCUAUUUUCCUUGACUGACUCGGCGGAAGAUGAAGACGCUGCAUGUGGUGGUCAGGGGCAGCUUUCUACAGUACUGCUGGUUAACCUUGGCCAAGUGGCAUUUCCUAGUUAUACCAUCAAUCGGAAAACCCAGAUCUUCCAAGACAGAGAGGAUCUUAUCAGAUAUGCAGCUGCUGUGCACACACUGAAUGACAUUUCCACCGCCAUGGCCAGCGGGAACUGGGAAGAGGCUAAGGAGCUCUCUCAACGUGCAAAAAAAGAUUGGAACAAACUUAAAAACCACCCUUCUCUGAGAUGCCAUGAGGACUUACCUCUCUUUCUGCGGUGUUUCACGGUUGGGUGGAUUUACACGAGGAUUUUGUCCCGGUCUGUUGAAAUACUGCAGAGAGUUCACAUGUAUGAGGAAGCUGUUGAGGAACUUGAAAGCCUUUUGUCUCAGAGAACUUACUGUCCUGACAGCAGAGGCCGAUGGUGGGAUCGACUGGCCCUUAACCUCCACCAGCACCUGAAGCGCCUGGAACCGGCUAUUAAGUGCAUCCUGGAUGGGCUGGCAGAUCCAGAAGUGAGAACGGGACACCGGCUUUCACUGUAUCAGAGAGCCGUGCGCCUGCGGGAGUCUCCAAGCUGUAAGAAGUAUAAGCAUCUUUUCCAUCAGCUACCAGAAAUAACUGUGAAAGACGUUAGACAUGUGACCAUCACGGGCAGGCUGUGCCCGCAGCGUGGGAUGGGCAAGUCUGUGUUUGUGCUGGAGGCCGGGGCUGCCACUGCCCCCACCACAGUUCUGUGCUCGGUGGAGGAGCUGGCACUGGCCUAUUACAGACGCAGCGGUUUUGACCAGGGGAUUCAUGGGGAAGGGUCCACCUUCUGCACCCUGUAUGGUCUCCUCCUGUGGGACGUAAUCUUCAUGGAUGGGAUUCCAGACGUCUUCAGAAAUGCCUACCAGGCUUUCCCACUGGACUUGUGCACAGACGGCUUCUUCACACGCAGGGCGCUGGCCCUUGAAGCCAGGCUGCAGCUGAUUCAUGAUGCUCCUGCAGAGAGUCUGCGAGCCUGGGUGGCAGCCACGUGGCAGGCCCAGGAGGGCAGAGCGGCUUCCCUUGUCAGCUGGGAUCGCUUUGCUUCCCUUCAGCAAGCUCAGGAUCUGGUCUCCUGCCUGGGAGGUCCUGUCCUCAGUGGAAUAUGCAGGCGCCUGGCUGCUGACUUCCGACACUGCCGAGGAGGCCUCCCCGACCUAGUGGUGUGGAGCUCCCAGAGCCCUCGCUUUAAGCUGGUGGAAGUUAAAGGCCCCAAUGAUCGUCUUUCGCAUAAGCAAAUGAUCUGGCUGGAUGAACUGCAAAAGCUGGGGGCUGAAGUCGAAGUCUGCCAUGUGGCUGCAGUUGGAGCCAAGAGCAAAGGCCUUAGCUAAAUGCUAAGGACUCAAGGAUAGCUGCUCACACAGUGAUACUUAAGAUUUUCUGAAACAUAAAGCAUUAUUACAUUUUAUUUAAUUUUGGUUUUGUGUAUUUCACAUAGAAUCGUUGUCUGUUAUAAACCUGAUAGUCUAAUGACUUGUCAUUGUACUGUGUCUAUAGAUAUAACAAUGCUUGGUGUUUGCCUAAAAAUAGUCUUAUUUGAUUCUGUACAAUAGUAAUGAACUUCUUUUUAAAAGAGCAAGAUCUUGGUGGUUUUAGGAGAUGAAUGCAUCUAUUAGGCAUGCAAAAAAGCUGGGGGGAAAAAAAGCCGGAACAAGUGAUCUUUAGGUCUUCUAUAAAAGUAGCAUACACAGUAUUUCCUUCUAACAAGAGAUUCUUGAAUUUAUCUGUUUUUCUUCACUGCUUUAUACAUUUAGCUGUUAAGUAUUCUUGUUUUAUGAUUAUAUAAGAAGGGCAGAAACAGUUGAAAUUCCAAUUUCUUUCUUCCUUUUUUUUUUUUUUGCAGUUUCUGUCCAGGGCUGGGUUUGAACCCACCACCCUGGGCAUAUGGGGCUGGUGCCCUACUCCUUGAACCAUAGGUGCUGCCCAAAAUUCCAAUUUCUUUAGAAAUCAAACAGAGAAACAACUCUUACGAAGUUGUUUAACUUAUGACAUCUGUAAAUACUUGCUUUUUCCAGUUGGAUCUGUAUCACCAGAAGACAAUUG